GCCAGCGGGCAGCUUGGUACCACACAGCAGCAGCGGAGAAUGCGAGCAGGGGCCAUGGCAGGCGGACACCACGCUGAGCGAGAACAGCGCCUUCGCUGGCAUGUACCACAUCUUCGAACAGCACGGAGACCAGGCAGUGCGAAGGUUCAGUUUUGCCAAUGACGAGCGUAGCAGGUUGGCGUGCUGCUCGUUGGACGGGACCCUGUCCAUCCUGCAGCUGGUGCCGCUGCCCCCGUCCCUGCAGCGGGUCCUGCGUGGGCACGAGGCCGCCGUCACCGACUUUGCCUGGUCCCUGUCCAACGACGUGAUCGUCUCCACCUCCCGCGAUGCCACGCUCCGCAUCUGGUGCACGCUGGACGGCCGCUGUAUCCGCCAGAUCACCGACCCCGACGGCUCGCCCCUCCUCUGCUGCAUCUUCCAGCCCGUCAACAACAACCUCACUGUGGUGGGGAACAGCAAGCAGAAUGUCCACGUGAUGAACAUCUCUACGGGCAAGAAGGUGAAGGGGGGUAGCAGCAAGCUGACGGGCCGAGUGCUCUCCCUGUCCUUCGAUGCCCCGGGACGUAUCCUGUCCGGCGACGAGAGGGGAAGUAUCUUCUCCUUCCUCUUCGACAUGGCUACAGACAUCCUUCACCUGAGGCUCCUGGAUCAGCAAUGGCUCAGGCUAGGGAACCCCUCCUUGCUGUCAAUGCCCUGGGCAUCAACAAAACUGCUGCUGUACAGGGUGAUGGACAACGAGGGGACACUGCAGCUGAAACGGACGUUCGAGAUCGCCCACAACUCCCACCCUGUCCGCAGCAUCUUCUGCCCACUCAUGUCCUUCCGCCAGGGGGCCUGUGUGGGUGAGGCUAUAUUUGGCUAUCGUUGGGUGAACAAUGGAGGCGGUGGUGAAACAAGCUGCAGGGGACACAGUGCCGCCGUGCUGGGGGUCAGCUUCAACUGUGACGAGAGUCUGCUGGCCUCCAGCGAUGCAUGUGGGAUGGUCAUCAUCUGGCGCAGGGAGCAGAAAUAGCCGCUCCCCCCCCU